AGAGCAACUGGCAGGUUAAGAGCAUGAUUAAUGGUUUGGAUUAUGCAUAUUUUAUAGUUAAUAUCUAUUUAGUUUUUGUUGAAGUCCGUGAAUAAGAAAAUAAAGAAAUCGGUUAUGGACUAUUAAAAACUGCUCAAAUGACUGUAAAAAUCUGUUUUGCCGGAAGUGACGUCACGUAAGGGACUCUGUUAUGUACGUUAUUGCUAACACAACAGUUAUGGCUAACACAACGGAACGGAACGGGCGUGAGAUUAUGGAGGAAGAAGAAGAUAAUUUUAUUUUUAGAAGUGAAGGACCGGAUCCAUACAGUUUUGAACCUGAAGCUACAAACAGAGUCACUGACAACCAGCAAAGGAGAUCGUUGACGGGAAACAGGCAGCAGAUUCAGUCAUGGGCAGCUGAAAACAUCUGGAGGAUUAAUCAAACAGCAUGGUGUUUAUGUGGACACUGUCAGCCCAUGAGCAGUGCGGAGGAGAGCAUAUGCUGCAGGGAGAUUCCUGCAAUUUGGAGCCUCGUCGAAGACCUCCAUCCACAACCCGAAGGCAUUACUUGUGUGGGACAGCAUCCUGGGUUCUCUGCAUGCUGUUUGAACCCCUGGGUGCUUCAGGUGGCCUACAGCGCUUUCAAGCAGGAACAUGGUCCACUUGAUCUGACCCAAAAUGAACAGUUCAGGUAUACUGCCUACAGGCAGAUGGUACGCUGGGCACAUGGAGUGCUUGGACGACAUGUGAGGAAACCUCUUCCAGCAUGUGUUGUCUCAGCAAUCCGGUUAGCUUUCCCUGAUGAACAUGGUGUCUACCAAGGUUUCAGAUGGCCUGACCUGUAACACAUACAAGACAUGUCUUCCUAUUCUGUAAAUUGUAAUAAUAAAUAAAAUAUUUUGCUUCCAUCUCAAUGUCAUCUUUCUGUUAUGAUCA